GAGGACCUGUACAAGCCAGACAUCCCCCAGGAGCCAGGGAAGGAGGACGGGACAGCCCCCAGCCCCGGGGGUGCAGGGGACGUGGCAGCAUCCCGGAAAGCCCCCAGGAAGCAGCCCGAGAGGACAGAGCUCUUCGCCCACCUGAGCCGAGCCGCCGGGCGCCCCACGCUCCCCGAGCAGCAGGGCGUGCUCAAGCGGCCCUUCUCCCGCUCCUUCGGGGACCACGACUACUGCCAGGUGCUGAAGCCCGAGGCCGCCCUGCAGAGGAAGGAGCUCAAGUCGUGGGAGGCCCCGAGGCAGGCGGGGAGGAGGAUCCCGGCCGCCCACUACCAGGGGCUGGACGUUGGCGGCAAGGAGGCGGGCAGCGAGAUGCUGUGGAAGGAUGGUGUCAAGCAGCUGAGAGACCAGGAGAUCAGAGCCAGCUUAACAAAGCACUUUGGCUUUCUGGACAGUGCUCUCAAUGAUGAGGACAUGGUCUUCUGCAAGACCCCUGAGUGUGAGAAUGGCGAGCAGUGUCAGGGCGGGAGCGGGCACCGGGGCCAGCUGGAGAAGAGACAGGAAAAGGCCAUCGGGGAAGGCCGGGUGGUGUAUAUCAGAAACCUCUCCAGCAGCAUGAGCUCCAGCGAACUGAAGAAACGCUUCGAAGUGUUUGGUGAAAUCGUGGAGUGUCAGGUCCCGUCCAGGACCAACAGGGGGGAUAAAUAUGGCUUCAUCACCUACCGGUAUUCAGAGCAUGCCGCCUUAUCUCUGAAAAACGGCACCUUGCUAAGGAAGAGGAACGAGCCUUCGUUCCAGCUCAGCUCUGGUGGCCUCGGGCAAGUCUUCCGGACCAGAUACGCUGACUUGGAUUGCAGCGCAGAGGAGUCCUCCCCAGCUCCAGUGAAGAGCAAGUACGAGACCAUGGAUUUCGACAGCUUGCUGCAGGAGGCCCAGCUAAGCCUGCAUCG